CCAGCUGCGCCGCGGGAAGAGGGGGCGACCCUCCCCGGCCCCCCUCACCCUCCACCCCCCUUUCGCUCUCCCCCUUUUGGGGCCGCUUCGCCGAAGGUAGUGCCGAAUCUGGCGACCGGAGCCUGGGCGCGAAGCGAAGAAGCCGGAACAAAGUGAGGGGGAGCCGGCCCGGGGGGGCCCAGAAGCCCUGGGGAAGCGGGACUCGCGCCGGGCGGGGCUUCCCUGCGACCCGGCGCCCCGCGGGCAGCAUGCCCCUGCGGGCAGGGGGAGCUGGGCUGAACUGGCCCCCCCGGGGGCUCAGCCUGCGCCCUAGAGCUCCCCAGAUGCGCCCCCGCCGGGGCCCUCCGGUUGCGUGAGGACACCUUCUCUGAGGGGCGCCCCUUGCCCCUCUCGAAACCACCCGGGGCCCCAGCUGGCCAGAGGAUGGACGAGGAGGAGGAUGGAGCGGGCGCCGAGGAGUCAGGACAGCCCCGGGGCUUCAUGCAGCUCAACGACCUGUCGGCGGCCGUGGGCCGGCCAGGGCCGGGGUCGGCGGAAAAGGACCCGGGCAGCGUGGACUCCGAGGCGGAGGGGCUGCCGUACCCUGCACUGGCCCCGGUGGUUUUCUUCUACUUGAGCCAGGACAGCCGCCCGCGGAGCUGGUGUCUCCGCACGGUCUGUAACCCCUGGUUUGAGCGCAUCAGCAUGUUGGUAAUCCUUCUCAACUGUGUGACCCUGGGCAUGUUCCGGCCGUGUGAAGACAUCGCCUGUGACUCCCAGCGCUGCCGGAUUCUGCAGGCCUUUGACGACUUCAUCUUUGCCUUCUUCGCUGUGGAGAUGGUGGUGAAGAUGGUGGCCCUGGGCAUCUUUGGGAAAAAGUGUUACCUGGGAGACACUUGGAACCGGCUUGACUUUUUCAUCGUCAUUGCAGGGAUGCUGGAGUAUUCGCUGGACCUGCAGAACGUCAGCUUCUCAGCUGUCAGGACAGUCCGUGUGCUGCGACCGCUCAGGGCCAUUAACCGGGUGCCCAGCAUGCGCAUCCUCGUCACGCUGCUGCUGGACACGCUGCCCAUGCUGGGCAACGUCCUGCUGCUGUGCUUCUUCGUCUUCUUCAUCUUUGGCAUCGUUGGCGUCCAGCUGUGGGCAGGGCUGCUUCGUAACCGAUGCUUCCUGCCCGAGAAUUUCAGCCUCCCCCUGAGCGUGGACCUGGAGCGCUACUACCAGACCGAGAACGAGGAUGAGAACCCCUUCAUCUGCUCCCAGCCUCGCGAGAACGGCAUGCGCUCCUGCAGGAGUGUGCCCACGCUGCGCGGGGACGGGGGUGGCGGCCCGCCCUGUGUCCUGGACUACGAGGCCUACAACAGCUCCAGCAACACUACCUGUGUCAACUGGAACCAGUACUACACCAACUGCUCUGCAGGGGAGCACAACCCCUUCAAGGGCGCCAUCAACUUCGACAACAUCGGCUAUGCCUGGAUUGCCAUCUUCCAGGUCAUCACGCUGGAGGGCUGGGUCGACAUCAUGUACUUUGUGAUGGACGCGCACUCCUUCUACAACUUCAUCUACUUCAUCCUCCUUAUCAUCGUGGGCUCCUUCUUCAUGAUCAACCUGUGCCUGGUGGUGAUUGCCACGCAGUUCUCAGAGACCAAGCAACGGGAAAGCCAGCUGAUGCGGGAGCAGCGCGUGCGGUUCCUGUCCAACGCUAGCACCCUGGCCAGCUUCUCCGAGCCGGGCAGCUGCUAUGAGGAGCUGCUCAAGUACCUCGUGUACAUCCUCCGGAAAGCAGCCCGAAGGCUGGCCCAAGUCUCCCGGGCGGCGGGCGUGCGGGCCGGGCUGCUGAGCAGCCCAGCUCCCCGCGGGAGCCAGGAGCCCCAGCCCAGCGGCAGCUGCCCUCGCUCCCACCGCCGUCCGUCUGUCCACCACCUGGUGCACCAUCACCACCACCAUCACCACCACUACCACCUGGGCAACGGGACGCUACGGGUCCCCCGGGCCAGCCCACAGAUCCAGGACAAGGAUGCUAAUGGGUCUCGCCGGCUCAUGCUGCCACCACCCUCGACACUCGCCCUCUCCGGGGGCCCUCCGGGGGGUGCAGAGUCUGUGCACAGCUUCUACCAUGCUGACUGCCACUUGGAGCCAGUCCGCUGCCAGGCACCCCCUCCCAGGUCGCCGUCGGAAGCAUCGGGCAGGACUGUGGGCAGUGGGAAGGUGUACCCCACCAUGCACACCAGCCCUCCACCAGAGAUGCUGAAAGAGAAGGCGCUAAUGGAGGUGGCCCCCACCUCUGGACCCCCCACCCUCACCAGCCUCAACAUCCCACCCAGGCCCUACAGCUCUAUGCACAAGCUGCUGGAGACGCAGAGUACAGGCGCCUGCCAAAGCUCUUGCAAGAUCUCCAGCCCUUGCUUGAAGGCAGACAGUGGAGCCUGUGGCCCAGACAGCUGUCCCUACUGUGUCCGGACUGGGGCAGGGGAGGUGGAGCUCGCCGGCCACGAGAUGCCUGACUCAGACAGCGAGGCAGUUUAUGAGUUCACACAGGACGCCCAGCACGGUGACCGCCAGAAUCCCCACAGCUGGCGUCGACGGAGCCUGGGGCUGGACGUGGAGCCCAACUCUGUGCUGGCCUUCUGGAGGCUGGUCUGUGACACCUUUCGGAAGAUUGUGGACAGCAAGUACUUUGGUCGGGGAAUCAUGAUUGCUAUCCUGGUCAACACACUCAGCAUGGGCAUCGAAUACCACGAGCAGCCUGAGGAGCUCACCAACGCCCUGGAAAUCAGCAACAUCGUCUUCACCAGCCUCUUUGCCCUGGAGAUGCUACUGAAGCUGCUCGUGUACGGUCCCUUUGGCUACAUCAAGAACCCCUACAACAUCUUCGACGGUGUCAUUGUUGUCAUCAGCGUGUGGGAGAUCGUGGGCCAGCAGGGGGGCGGCCUGUCGGUGCUGCGGACCUUCCGCCUGAUGCGGGUGCUGAAGCUGGUGCGCUUCCUGCCGGCGCUGCAGCGGCAGCUCGUGGUGCUCAUGAAGACCAUGGACAACGUGGCCACCUUCUGCAUGCUGCUCAUGCUUUUCAUCUUCAUCUUCAGCAUCCUGGGUAUGCAUCUUUUCGGCUGCAAAUUUGCCUCUGAGAGGGAUGGGGACACGCUGCCGGACCGGAAGAAUUUUGACUCCCUGCUCUGGGCCAUCGUCACUGUCUUUCAGAUCCUGACCCAGGAGGACUGGAACAAGGUGCUCUACAACGGAAUGGCCUCCACGUCGUCCUGGGCUGCCCUUUACUUCAUUGCCCUCAUGACCUUUGGCAACUACGUGCUCUUCAACCUGCUCGUUGCCAUUCUGGUGGAGGGCUUCCAGGCAGAGGGAGACACCACCAAGUCCGAGUCAGAGCCCGAUUUCUUCUCGCCCAGCCUGGAUGGCGAUGGGGACAGGAAGAAGCGCUUGGCCUUGGUGUCUCUGGGAGAGCACCCGGAGCUGCGGAGGAGCCUGUUGCCCCCGCUCAUCAUCCACACGGCCGCCACACCCAUGUCGCUGCCCAAGAGCUCCAGCACUGGCCUGGCCGAGGUUGUGGGUCCUGCGUCCCGCCGCGCCAGCAGCAGUGGGUCGGCCGAACCGGGGGCACCCCACGAGACGAAGUCGCCGCCGAGCGCCCGCAGCUCCCCGCACAGUCCCUGGAGCGCAGCGAGCCGCUGGACUAGCAGGCGCUCCAGCCGGAACAGCCUGGGCCGCGCCCCCAGCCUGAAGCGGAGGAGCCCGAGUGGGGAGCGGAGGUCCCUGUUGUCGGGCGACGGCCAGGAGAGCCAGGAUGAGCAGGAGAGCUCGGAAGAGGAGCGCGCCAGCCCAGCGGGCAGCGACCGCCGCCGCAGGGGCUCCCUGGAGCGGGAAGCUAAGAGCUCCUUUGACCUGCCGGACACACUGCAGGUGCCCGGGCUGCACCGCACAGCCAGUGGCCGCAGCUCAGCCUCUGAGCACCAGGAUUGCAACGGCAAGUCAGCUCCAGGACGCCUGACCCGGGCCCUGCGGCCCGACGAUCCCCCACUGGAUGGGGACGAUGGCGAUGACGAGGGCAACUUGAGCAAAGGGGAAAGGAUGAGAGCAUGGGUCCGGGCCCGGCUCCCUGCCUGCUGCCUGGAGCGAGACUCCUGGUCUGCCUACAUCUUCCCUCCUCAGUCAAGGUUCCGCCUCCUGUGUCACCGAAUCAUCACCCACAAGAUGUUCGACCAUGUGGUCCUCGUCAUCAUCUUCCUCAACUGCAUCACCAUCGCCAUGGAGCGCCCCAAGAUCGACCCCCACAGUGCUGAACGCAUCUUCCUGACCCUCUCCAAUUACAUCUUCACCGCAGUCUUUCUGGCUGAGAUGACAGUGAAGGUGGUGGCGCUGGGCUGGUGCUUCGGGGAGCAGGCCUACCUGCGCAGCAGCUGGAACGUUCUGGAUGGCCUGUUGGUGCUCAUCUCCAUCAUCGACAUCCUGGUGUCCAUGGUCUCCGACAGCGGCACCAAGAUCCUCGGCAUGCUGAGGGUGCUGCGGCUGCUGCGAACCCUGCGCCCGCUCAGGGUAAUCAGUCGGGCACAGGGGCUGAAGCUGGUGGUGGAAACGCUGAUGUCCUCGCUGAAGCCCAUUGGCAACAUUGUGGUCAUCUGUUGCGCCUUCUUCAUCAUUUUUGGCAUCCUGGGGGUGCAGCUCUUCAAAGGGAAGUUCUUCGUGUGCCAGGGCGAGGACACCAGGAACAUCACUAACAAGUCAGACUGUGCUGAGGCCAGUUACCGGUGGGUCCGGCACAAGUACAACUUUGACAACCUCGGCCAGGCCCUAAUGUCCCUGUUCGUGCUGGCCUCUAAGGACGGCUGGGUGGAUAUCAUGUACGAUGGGCUGGACGCUGUCGGUGUGGACCAGCAGCCCAUCAUGAACCACAACCCCUGGAUGCUGCUGUACUUCAUCUCGUUCCUGCUCAUCGUGGCCUUCUUUGUCCUGAACAUGUUCGUGGGCGUGGUGGUGGAGAACUUCCACAAGUGUCGGCAGCACCAGGAGGAGGAGGAGGCCCGGCGGCGGGAGGAGAAGCGUCUACGGAGAUUGGAGAAAAAGAGAAGGAAUCUAAUGCUGGACGAUGUAAUUGCUUCCGGCAGCUCAGCCAGCGCGGCGCCAGAGGCCCAGUGCAAACCCUACUACUCGGACUACUCCCGCUUCCGGCUCCUCGUCCACCACCUGUGUACCAGCCACUACCUGGAUCUCUUCAUCACGGGUGUCAUUGGGCUGAACGUGGUCACUAUGGCCAUGGAGCACUACCAGCAGCCCCAGAUCCUGGAUGAGGCUCUGAAGAUCUGCAACUACAUCUUCACUGUCAUCUUCGUCUUGGAGUCAGUUUUCAAACUGGUGGCCUUUGGCUUUCGACGGUUCUUCCAGGACAGGUGGAACCAGCUGGACCUGGCCAUUGUGCUGCUGUCCAUCAUGGGCAUCACGCUGGAGGAGAUCGAGGUCAAUGCCUCACUGCCCAUCAACCCCACCAUCAUCCGCAUCAUGAGGGUGUUGCGUAUCGCCCGAGUGCUAAAGCUGCUGAAGAUGGCUGUGGGCAUGCGGGCGCUGCUGGACACAGUGAUGCAGGCCCUGCCCCAGGUGGGGAACCUGGGACUUCUCUUCAUGUUGUUGUUUUUCAUCUUUGCAGCUCUGGGCGUGGAGCUCUUUGGAGACUUGGAGUGUGACGAGACACACCCCUGCGAGGGCCUGGGCCGCCAUGCCACCUUCCGGAACUUUGGCAUGGCCUUCCUGACCCUCUUCCGAGUCUCCACAGGUGACAACUGGAAUGGCAUUAUGAAGGACACCCUCCGGGACUGUGACCAGGAGUCCACCUGCUACAACACGGUCAUCUCGCCCAUCUACUUCGUGUCCUUCGUGCUGACAGCCCAGUUUGUGCUGGUCAACGUGGUGAUUGCUGUGCUGAUGAAGCACCUGGAGGAGAGCAACAAGGAGGCCAAGGAGGAGGCCGAACUGGAGGCUGAGCUGGAGCUGGAGAUGAAGCCGCUCAGCCCACAGGCCCCCUCGCCACCGGGCAGCCCCUUCCUCUGGCCUGGGGCCGAGGGCCCCGACAGCCCUGGCAGCCCCAAGCCUGGGGCCCCACAUGCUGCAGCCCAUGCUGAAGCAGUCUCCCACUUCUCCCUGGAGCACCCCAUGGACAGACAGCUGUUUGACACCAUAUCCCUGCUGAUCCAGGGCUCCCUGGAGGGGGAGCUGAAGCUGAUGGACGAGCUGGCAGGCCCAGGAGGCCCGCCCUCUGCCUUCCCUCCCACCCGCAGCCUGGGCGGCUCCAACCCACAGAUCCCUCUAGCUGAGACGGAGGCUCUGUCUCUGACGUCAGAGAUUGUGUCUGAACUGUCCUGCUCUGUAGCUCUGACGGAUGACUCUUUGCCUGAUGACACUCACACACUCUUACUUAGUGCCCUGGAGAGCAAUAUGGAGUCCCACACUGAGGAGGUGCCCGUCAUGCUGAGACCAGAUCUGCUGACUGUGAGGAAGUCUGGGGUCAGCCGAACGCACUCUCUGCCCAAUGACAGCUACAUGUGCCAGGAUGGGAGCACUGCCGAGGGGUCCCUGGGACACAGGGGCUGGGGGCUCCCCAAAGCUCAGUCAGGCUCUGUCUUGUCCGUUCACUCCCAGCCAGCAGACACCAGCUACAUCCUGCAGCUUCCCAAAGAUGCACCCCACCUGCUCCAGCCCCACGGUGCUCCCACGUGGGGCACCAUCCCCAAAUUGCCCCCACCAGCCCGCUCCCCUCUGGCUCAGAGGCCACUCAGGCGCCAGGCAGCAAUAAGGACGGAUUCCCUGGACGUUCAGGGCCUGGACAGCAGGGAAGACCUGCUGUCAGAGGUGAGCGGGCCCUCCCCGCCGCUGGCCGGGGCCUCCUCCUUCUGGGGCCGCUCCAGCGCCCAGGCGCAGCAGCAUUCCCACGGCCAGAGCAAGAUCUCGAAGCACAUGCCCCCGUCAGCCCCCUGCCCGGGCCCAGAACCCACGUGGAGCAAGGGCCCAUCAGAGAUCAGAAGCAGCUUAGAGCUGGACACGGAGCUGAGCUGGAUUUCAGGAGACCUCCUGCCUGUGGGCAGCCAGGAGGAAGCCCCGUCCCCACGGGACCUGAAGAAGUGCUACAGCGUGGAGGCCCGCAGCUGCCCGCGCCGGCCUGCGUCCUGGCUGGAUGCACAGAGGAGGCACUCCAUCGCCGUCAGCUGCCUGGACAGUGGCUCCCAGCCCCGCCUGGGCCCUGGCCCCUCUAGCCUCAGGGGUCAGCCUCUUGGGGGACCUGGGAGCCGGCCCAAGAAGAAACUCAGCCCGCCCAGUAUCUCCAUAGAACCCCCAGAGAGCCAGAGCCAGGGCCCUCGGCCCCCACCCAGCCCUGGCGUCUGCCUCCGCCGGAGGGCUCCAUCCAGCGACUCCAAGGAACCCUCGGCCGCCGGCCCUCCCGACAGCAUGGCUGCCUCGCCCCCCCCAAAGAAAGACGUGCUGAGUCUCUCUGGUUUAUCCUCUGACCCAGCAGACCUGGACCCCUGAGUCCUGCCCUCCUCUCCCACUCACCUUUCUCCACUGGGUGCCAAAUCGUAGCUCCUCCUCCUGGGCUAUACUCCUGAAAAGUUCCAUAUGGACACCCUCCUCGCCUCAGUGGCCCUGGGCACCGGCAAGCGGAAUUUCCAGAGUUGAAAGCAGCAGCCGUGGCCACCCUGCUCCAGGCUGAGAGAGACAGGCCCAGUGGAGCUGAGGUUCCCGACACCAGGAGCUGUUGGGAGAAAGCAAUACGUUUGUGCAGAAUCUCUAUGUAUAUUCUAUUUUAUUAAAUUAAUUGAAUCUAGUAUUUGCGGGAUGUACAACAUUUUGUGACUGAAGAGACUUGUUUCCUCCUGCUUUUAUGUGUCUCAGAAUAUUUUUGAGGCGAAGGCGUCUGUCUCUUGGCUAUUUUAACCUAAAAUAACUAAUCUAGUUAUAUUCCCUCUUCUUGCAAAGCACAAGCUGGGACCGGGAGUGCAUUACAGCCCUGGUGGGGGCCCAUCUUCAGUGGAGAGCGAGAACCAUUUUGGAAACUGUAAUGUAACUUAUUUUUUUCCUUUAACCUCGUCAUCAUUUUCUCUAGGAGAAAAAAAGAAAAAAAUAAGAUUUUACAAAUGAAA